UCCCGGCGGGGCGGACACGCGUGGGAGGGCAGGGGGCGGGGAGGGGGGGUGGGCGGAUGCUACCGAUGCUGCUGCCGAUGCUACCGACACUCCCCCCCCCUCCCCAAGCACCGGGAGUGCCCCCCCCGCGCCGCCGGUGGGGGUCGGGCGCGCUCGCUGCGGUGGCGGGGACGCCUCCUCGCCGUCGCCAAGGCACCGGCUGCCCCCUCCCGACCCGCCCUCCCGGCCCCCCCCACUCCGACGCCGCCCGGGCGACCGUGGCUUUAGAUUGUUACUGUGCCGCUGGGGGGGUAACAGUCUACAGCCAUGGUCGCCGGGACAGGCGGACUCGCACCGCGGGCAGCACCGGCUCCCCCCACCCGCCCACCCCCGGGGGUCCCCGAGGCGGCGGAGGCGGGGGGUCCCGUCGGGGGCGGCCCGCCUCCCGGGGCAGUAGGAGCUCACAUGCAGGAUGCAGCUCACCGCACAUCAACUCUUACUGUUCGGGGGGGCGGGCGCCGAGCGGCUCCUCCUCGGGCAGCGGGAACCGUGGGGACCCCCCUCCCCGGAUCCCCCAUCCUGGCCCCCGCCCCGCAGCCCCUCACCUGCCCUCCCGGCGGGGACACGGAGCCCCUCGGGGACCGUCCCCGCCGGGCUCGUCCCGCCGCAUCUGUCCGCUCGGCAGCCGGGGUCCCGUGCCCCGUGCCGUGUCCCCCCGGCUCGCCGCCGGUGCGCGGGGGGACCGCGGGGCCGCCGGCGGAGCGGGGCUGGCGGCGGGGCCGGCGCGGCGGGGACUGAGCGCGGCCGGCGGGGCCGGGGCGGGGGCGGCCGGGGGCGGUCGCAGGUUGCACAACCCGCCCGGCGCGGCCAGGAGAUUCCUGAGCGGCGAAGUCAGAGCGGCCCGGCCUGCCCCGGCACCGGGCACCGGGCCUUCAGCAGCCGGCGGCGACCGGUGCUGGCCGGGCAGGGCUCCUCGUGGGGGGCACCGGGGACUCACGGCCCUGGAGACGGAGAGAGGGGGCUGGAAGGGCUGUGCUGACCACAGGAGGGGAGGGAGGUACCUCAUCCCACGGGGACACGGGGAUGUAGGGUCAGGCCCAAGAGGGUGAGGCUGGCAGUGGCAAGAGGGACAGGAAGAGUCCCUGAGCAAGAACUUUCAGUCCUGGGGUGCUGCAGAACAGGACUCCUGCAGGUGUCCCACCUAGACCGAGUAAGGGUCACUCAGGGUCCCCUGGCCACACUCUCCAAAGCAGCCCCAUUUGGAUCCCUCACCCAUCCAUGGGGUCAUGCUGCUCACCUGGCAGCUCUGCCCUCACCCAGACAGGCAUGGCCAUCAGCAGGUCCCCAGGGGCCAGCAGGGCCACAGUGGGACACAGGAGCUGCAGGCAGGGGAGGAUCAGAGGUAGCAGGUCCCUGCUGUGCCCUGCUGUGUUUCUUGCUUGCUCCCUUUGAUUCCUGCUUUUCCCGUCACUGCUGUUGGUGAUGGGACAAGCGCCUCACACCCCCAGGAUGGGAUUUUUGGGCAGUCCCACCAGCACUCAGGUAAACACAGCUACGUCCAGCACAUCCAUGCUGCAAAGUUGCCACUGCCACAAACCCCACCCUCCAUCCUCUGGGAAACACCUCCUUGUUUACACCCCAUCAACAGCACCACAGUGAGGUCCAGGCCACGGUGACAUCAGUGUCCCUUCCAGGGUACCCCGGGUGAGGGGACACGUCCCGUGGGCAGUGCUGUGGCCCCUUGGACCCCACUCUCCAGCCGGGGAACAUUCCAGCUGCAUUGUUGUUUUGAAGGCCAAGUCUCUCCCGCUGACACCCUGGAAUCAGUUUUUCUUCCAGAGUCCUUAAAAAUAUCCUGGAUUCCUGACACCAGGACUUGUCUUCCAACGGCGCUUCCAAGCCGCCGGGCCCGGGGCCAGCCGCCAGCGCCAGGGGACAGAGGCUGUCCAGCUCCCGUGCUCCUCCUCAGCACAGAGAUCGCCGGGAAGGAAUGCGGUGCCAAGGAGGAUCACAGCCCCUGCCACGGCCUCUUCCACGGUGGAUUGGUGCUCUGCAGGGCACAGGCAUGGCACAAGCACUGCCUGACCUCGCCAACGCACCCAGCGGCUUCGGAGCAUGUCCCUGUGCACGGCCAGGAGGGUGGGAAGGGUCUUAUGGCACCUGCAAGCCAUGACCCUACAGAGCCCAGCAGCUGAGGACAGGGGUGGACACUGCCUCAGCGAAGGUCCCAAGGGACUCUCCCAGAUGGGAUUUCCCCGUGCAUCCCUGGGAAAGCACAUGGCCCCUGAAAACUUCUUAGAGAAACCUGUCACGCACUCCUGGCUUUGCCAAGUGGCAUCCUGGAACCGUAGGAAUUUAGGGUGGGCCUGGGGGGGCUGAGUCAGCAAAGCUGGGGGGCUGCAGGAAGAGGUGCUGCUGUUGCCCCCCCAAAGGCCAGGCAGGUGCCCACUGGCCCCACACGCUGCUGCUGCCAUCUGACAGCUCUUGGCCAAACGGCCCUUUGUGAUUCAGCCGUGUUUAUCCCAGCCUGCAGCCCGGCCCAGCGUGGGUUUCCAUGGAAAACUUCCAUCCAAAACAAGGAGAGAGAAGGAGCUACAGCAGGAGUGACUCAGCCACAACUGGAAGCUUCUGCGAGUGAAGCAGGGAAGGGGGGGCUGUUCCCUACGGCUUGGUCCUGCUCCAGCAGCGGGGCCCAGGCACGGUCCCGGCUGUCCCCUGCCCGUGCCACUGCCACUUCAAAGGCAGGACCUCGGCAGGUUUGGGGAAGCCUUGCUGCAAAACCAUCUGGGAAACACAUCACCCUCCAGGAGAGCCCCCUCCCCACACCUCUGGCAGGCCCUGCCAGCAGGGACUGAGGAGGAAGAGCGUGAGAUGAGUAAGGCUCAAACCUGGCACGAGCCGCACCUGAGGUCGCUUUUUCCAGUGCUGCCCACAGCAACCCCUACCCGUGCCUGGUGUGCUCAAGGGGGUGGCUGGCAGUGGCAGUGACCUCGAGGUGGCAGUGGCACAGGGGGAAGGGGUGAGGGGAGCUGGGGAGAGGUGGGAGAACAGCCGGGAGUUUGCAGGGAAGCAGCAGCAGCGGCAGCACCGGGAGUGUCUCUGCUCCUGCCGGGCUCUUCCUGCCCUCCCCGGGACACUGGGACAGGGCUGGGGGCUCUGCUCAGCCAGGGAAGGGGCAGCAAAGCUCUGCCUGGUCGAGCCCUGGACUCCAUGCCCACAGCAGGCUCCUCACAAGCAGGGCCCCAGCCAGGGUCCUUCCUGUCCCUGAGGUCACACAGGUGGCUCCAGUGGCUGCACUGGGGUAUGGAAAGGCACAUCUGGGUACAGGGGUGACAUCCCCCUGCUGAAACACUCAGGCUCCUGCUGCUGCUGCUGCUGACACUCGUGACUGUCCCCAGGGCCCUCUUGUCCCAGGCAAGUGACACAGCUGCCACCCAGAUCCCGGGCUCACUCCAUCACCCCCCUGUUCAGCCACAGCAACUGGCCCACGCUGUUUUGGGGGAAAAAACACCUCCCCUGGGCCAUGGCGGGUGAUGGAAAAGGGAACUCCCCUGCAUGAAGCUGAGCGAGGGUGGGAGGCCAUCAGCCAGCCUUGUCUCCAGGUUACCUCUGCGGGCAGCCAGGCUCUGUGGCUGCAUCCCAACAACAGACCUGGAUCUGCGAGAGAGGCAGGGGCCAGCCGAGGGCACCUCGCCAGGAAAGGAGGGAGAGGAUUCCCAUGGCAAACCCCUCCGAGCCGCUUCCCUCCUCCCACCACACCGGCAGCAAGCAGGACCUCCCUCCGCUGCUCGCACAGGCACCUCCUGCGGACAAAGGUCGCGUUUAUCUGUGUUUAUUAAUUUAUUUAAACCGCUACAGCAGA